UGCUCAAUCCCCUCUCCCCCCUUCAACCCCCUUCUCCGAAACGCCGAAUCGAAUUCGCCGGAUCGAUCGAAGACCUCCCUCGAGAUCCAAUUCUUCUUAGGGCUUCCGAUCUUCUUCGCCCCCUCGCCCCUCUUGGCUCGAGAUCCCCGAGCCAAAAGCCGAUCGAGGUUGGUGGCGCGAUUGGGGGAGAGGAGAUGGCGUCGCCGAAGAAGGAGGGGUUCUUGACGGAGGAGCAGAGGGAGGUGCUGAAGAUAGCGGCGCAGAAGGCCGAGGUGCUGUCCUCGUCGCCCAAAUCGCCCACCAAGCUGGUGCUCUCCGAGAUCCAUACUAAGGGCGGGGGCGGGGGUGGCGGGGGGAGGUCUCCGUCUUCUGGCGUGAGGCACGUGCGGCGCUCACAUUCCGGGAAGCUAGUGCGAGUGAAGAAGGAUGGUGCUGGUGGCAAAGGAACAUGGGGCAAGCUCUUGGAUGCUGAUCCUGAUUCACGCGUUGACCCAAAUGAUCCUAAUUAUGAUAGUGGAGAGGAACCAUAUCAGCUCGUGGGUGCCACUCUUUCUAACCCUAUAGACGACUAUAAGAAAUCUGUGGCAACAAUCAUAGAGGAGUAUUUCAGCACUGGUGUGGUAGAAGUGGCAGCCACGGAUCUUGGAGAUAUUGGGUCUGAUCAGUAUCAUCACUUAUUUGUUAAGAAACUUGUUUCCAUGGCGAUGGACCGGCAUGACAAAGAGAAAGAGAUGGCAUCUGUUUUGCUAUCCUCCCUGUAUGCCGAUGUAAUUACUUCGGCCCAGAUCAGCCAAGGGUUUCUCAUGUUACUCGAGGCUGUUGACGAUUUGGCGCUUGACAUACUUAAUGCUGUUGAUGUGCUGGCUUUGUUUAUAGCCCGUGCAGUUGUUGAUGACAUCCUACCUCCUGCCUUUCUCACAAAAGCGAAGAAAACACUUUCCGAAUCCUCUAAAGGUCUUCAGGUUGUUCAAACUGCUGAAAAAAGUUAUCUCUCGGCUCCCCACCAUGCAGAGUUAGUUGAGCGUCGAUGGGGUGGCACCACUCAUUUCACUGUCGAAGAGGUCAAAAGGAAGAUCUCAGAUUUGUUGAGAGAAUAUAUAGAGAAUGGAGACACUGCAGAGGCCUGUAGGUGCAUAAGGGAACUGGGAGUUUCAUUCUUCCAUCAUGAGGUUGUGAAGCGGGCACUGGUGCAAGCAAUGGAAAAUCAAACAUCAGAGCCUCUUAUAUUGAAGCUUUUAAAAGAAGCAGCAGAAGAACUUUUAAUCAGUCCUAGCCAGAUGACCAAGGGUUUCUCACGGCUUGCUGAGAGCCUCGAUGACCUGUCUCUUGAUAUUCCUGCUGCAAAAUCCUUAUUCCAGAUGAUAGUUCCUAAAGCGAUUUCUGGUGGAUGGCUUGACCCUUCUUUUCUCCAAUCAAAAGAGGCAGAGGACGAAGACAGAGAUGAAGGUUAUGAUAAAUUGAGGAAGUACAAAGAAGAAGCUGUUACGAUAAUACGGGAAUACUUUCUCUCUGACGACAUACCAGAGCUUAUUAGAAGUCUCGAAGAUUUAGGUGCUCCGGAGUACAAUCCUGUUUUUAUUAAGAGACUAAUAACCCUUGCGAUGGACCGCAAGUACAGGGAGAAGGAGAUGGCAUCUGUUCUGUUAUCUGCGCUUAGCAUGGAAAUAUUUUCAAGAGAUGACAUUGUUGAUGGGUUCAUAAUGCUGCUCGAGUCAGCUGAGGAUGCGGCAUUGGACAUAUUGGAUGCCUCAAAUGAGCUAGCACUAUUCCUGGCCAGGGCCGUAAUUGAUGAUGUCUUAGCACCGCUCAACUUGGAGGAGAUCAACAGCAAGCUCCCGCGCAAUUGCAGCGGGAGUAAAACUGUUCACAUGGCUCGCUCGCUAGCAUCUGCUCGGCAUGCUGGUGAGAGACUUCUGAGAUGCUGGGGUGGUGGCACUGGUUGGGCGGUGGAGGAUGCAAAGGACAAGAUAAUAAAGCUUCUGGAGGAAUAUGAGAGCGGAGGAGAUGUGGGAGAAGCGUGCCAGUGUAUCCGUGAUUUGGGAAUGCCUUUCUUCAAUCAUGAAGUGGUAAAGAAGGCAUUGGUUAUGGCGAUGGAGAAGAAGAACGAGAGGCUGUUGGGUUUGCUGCAGGUGUGUUUCGAUGAAUGGUUGAUCACCAUGAAUCAAAUGACAAAAGGGUUCUCAAGAGUAAGGGAUGGGCUCGAUGACUUAGCUCUUGAUAUUCCCAAUGUGGAGGAGAAGUUCCAGCAGUACAUGGAGCACGCGAGAAAGCACGGCUGGCUUCUGGCGUCCUUUUAGGUUAUAGCAGCUAUGCCUCACUUCAUUUCGUCCCUUGUCGGCUGGAGCGUUUGUUCAACCCGUGGCGGCGGUUUGAUUCUCGUUUUCCGGUUCAUGCAGUUUUCGGUUCGUAUUCCUGGAAAUGUGGGAUUGAAAUCACGCGUGCCUCCUUUUGACUUCACUGGGAUCGUUCCUCUUUAGUUGGGUUGGGUUGGGUUUUUUUAUUAUUAUUAUUAUUAUAAAUUUGCUUUUGGUAGUAUUUUUAUUGGUGAUAGAUUUCAGAUAUCAGGAUUAGUGAGACAUAUUCUUAUGGUAUUGCCAUGAAGAAGACGAAUGGGUCCUUCAUUAUGUAUAUGUUGGUCCCGGCUUCUCAUCAACCGAAGGUGUCUCUGCCUUUUAUGGUUCUCUUGGAAUGGAUGACAUUUCCAUUUCUAA